AUGACUACUAGGUCAUUAACACUUGCUGAAGAACAGACUAUAACUUGGGAGAGAAGGCUGGAGAGGACAAGAAGGGAAAAGCAAGAGUUUUCUCCUUAUCCAGGCAAGAAGCUGAACGAGACACUAAUGUCGUCGCAGGACCGACAAAAGAGUUAUGUCGAUAAAAGGAGGAAAGAUUUGGCAUUUAAUGUUGGUGAUAAGGUUUUCUUAAAAGUGGCACCGAUGAAGGGAGUUCUCCGUUUUGGGAAGAAAGGAAAACUUCGGCCAAGAUUCAUAGGUCCUUUUGAAAUUUUGCAGAAAGUUGGAAAUGCAGCUUAUCGAAUUGCUCUACCAUCAGAAUUGUCAGCGGUUCAUGAUGUGUUCCACGUGUCAAUGCUUCGACAAUAUGUGUCAAAUCCAAGUCAUGUGGUUAGUUAUCAACCAUUGGAUAUCAAACAAAACAUGACAUAUGAGGAAAAACCAGUAGCAAUAUUGGAUCGCAGAAUCCAGCAGUUAAGGACAAAAGAAAUUCCGUUAGUAAGAGUCCAAUGGAGGAACCAUAAUGUCGAAGAAUCAACAUGGGAAAGAGAAGAGGAAAUCAAGACCAAGUAUCCAGAA